AGCCCCGCCUGGAUGUUAAGCGGAAGCCCCAGUGCCUCCCAGCGGACUCGGUGGGGACCAUGGCUUCGCUGAUGCCCCUCUCCCCAUAUUUAAGCCCCACGGUCCUCCUGCUGGUCAGUUGUGACCUGGGCUUUGUGCGAGCAGACCGGCCUCCCUCUCCUGUGAAUGUGACAGUCACUCACCUCAGAGCCAACUCGGCCACUGUGUCCUGGGACGUCCCAGAAGGCAACAUCGUCAUUGGCUACUCCAUUUCCCAGCAACGACAGAAUGGCCCUGGGCAGCGUGUGAUCCGGGAGGUGAACACCACCACGCGGGCCUGUGCCCUCUGGGGCCUGGCUGAAGACAGUGACUACACAGUGCAGGUCAGGAGCAUCGGCCUUCGGGGAGAGAGCCCCCCAGGGCCUCGGGUGCACUUCCGAACUCUCAAGGGUUCUGACCGGCUACCCUCAAACAGCUCAAGCCCAGGUGACAUCACAGUGGAGGGUCUGGAUGGAGAGCGACCACUGCAGACGGGGGAAGUGGUCAUCAUUGUGGUGGUGUUGCUCAUGUGGGCUGAAAAAGUCAUCAUCCAUCAACACCAUCGAUGUAUGAGUGAAGAAACAGAACCAGAAAACAGAUGCACUAACACCCUGGGGAUGGGGAUAGGGUCAGGGAGCGCCUCAGAUGGUGAUCUGCUCAGGACUGAAGGAUCCCACAGUCUCCUAGAGGGUAAUGACACUCCCACAAUCUCAGGCCUGGUACCCGUCCUCUUUCCACUGUGAGCGGGGCCAGAAGGUAGGUCUCUUAGGGUCUGUGCCCCUGGACCUGGGGAAUGGCUAUCAGAUGGGAUAUGUCCUUCCAACCCCCAGGUCCAGGGGAGAGUCACUUGUUCAACCGUAUCCCACUAGGUCUCAAAUGGGGCCCCCAUUCCACCUGCAUCAGGACUCUUGGCAUCCCCAGCUGCCCCCACAUCUUGCCUCUGGGUCUCAGAGAGGGGUGUUUCUUUGGCUACUUCCCCUCCCCCCAGCAAUUAAAAGGAAUUGUCUGGGUCUGGAGGCAGAUGCUGCACUGCACUACUCCAAUGUCUUCCAUGGAGCCUCAGGUGCUCCCCCUCUCACCUGGUAGCCCCUCCAGCUGCUGGUGAUCUCACCCCUUGGACAUUUUUCCAAUAAAGGUUCUUGGACAAACUGAAGCUGACUGUAUGGUAUACUGUAUAGUAUGCUGAAGACAUUUCCCCACUGUCUCUCCCCUGACAACAAGGGCCUCUCACACCACCACCAACUCGACAGGAGCACUCUC